CAUAGAACCUGGUAGUGGGGGCAGGGAGGAGAGGAUAAAGGUCACAGGCCAAGAAGCACUCUACCAAGAUCAGGGACCAAUGGUCAGGACUCCCCACCUCCAGGCCGUUCCAAUUCAUAGGCACCGGAGAACGUCCCACGCCACAGGGGGAAGGGUUGUGGGCUGCUGGCCAGGGACCCACCCUCCAGGGCGUCCAAGAGCUCCAGGGACCCUGGACCCCCAUGCACCUAGCGAGGGUCACUAUGCUAUGGCCCCGGGUGCCCCUCAUUUCCAAAGCCUCUAACGUUUGCCGUGGAGUCACGAUGCCGAUGGCCGGGGUGCUCUCUGUUCCUAGGGCAUCCCCCUUGCCAGAGGGCUGGGCACAGCACCACGGGCCCGCACGUUUGCAGGCACCGCAGAUUCCCAGGAAGCCUGCCCUUCCCAGACCCGGAAAUCCUACGACCGACCGCUUCGGCCUCCCAGGUGCCCAGGGCACCUCCAGGUCGCGGGACUUCUUUCCAGGGUUCCUGGCAUUCAGACUGGGAGCCAUAGGACUCUAGACGGGAGCCCUGGGAUGGCUCUGGAAGCCCCAGAUCCCUAGGGAGACGUAGGGACCCCAGCUACACAGUCACGGGACAAGUAAGUGGAGACUUCAGAUUCCAGAAGGUCAGCGAUGGCCCGGGGAGUCUAAGACCCUGUGGGCCAAGGUGGCUCUGGUGCCCUCGUGUCUGGGCUGCAAGAAGUCCGAGCCAGCUGAGCCUGGACACCUCCCAGCCUUACCUCUGGGGCCUGGGGUCUCACCUGCCGGCCUUUUCCGGGACGACGCCGCGAAUCCUCAUCACGGUGCCCACCCGGAUGCCCUCGGGCAGCGACGUCUUGUGGGGCACGUUCUGCAGGUUCAGCGGCGGGGAGUCCGAGGGAACCGGGGGCGCGGACGAGAGACACACGUGGGUCGGCCCCAGGCAGAAAGCAUCCGGGACCCAGAUCGGCCGAAUCCGUGAGAAGAAAAGGCCCAGAGACCGAGGGGAGAGAGCCAGAGCCAGACCAAGAGUGGGAGAGCCAACCACGAGGGAUCAACGGAGAAAGGGAGAAUCCAGAGAGGCAGGUGGGAGCGUGGGGAUGGGUUGGGUCCCCCCGGGAGCCACAGCCCAGACCCUUGGUAGCACACCCUGGCACCCACUUUGUCCUUCCCGGCGGGACACCUCAGCCAGGCCCAGCCCCUCCCCGAGUCCGGUGCCGCCUUGGGUCCAAGCCCCCCGGGCCCCGACGCCCCCCGAAGGCACUCACAGAGCUUCCCGCCAUGGCUGGGAUGCUGGGGCGACAGGUGUGGCCGUGGGUAUGGCUGCUGGGACCUUAAGUAGAAGCAGAAGCAGGGCGUGGCGGCCCCCGCUGACUCACCCCCAGCCAUUUCCACACCCGCCGCCCACACCUGGCACAGACCCUGGCCCUGGGGCCACCCGGCGGCCCAGCGCCUUCUUGCUGGGCCCGGGACUUCCCUCCACUCACUGAGGGUUCCCAGUCCACCGCCCGCCCCCUCCGUUGAGCUAAGAAUCCUGAAGACAGUUAAGGAUGAACCGCCAAGGACAGAGGGGACCCAGGGGGCCACCAUCCAUCCCGGCCAUGUCCCUGCCGCUUGGCACAGGGGAAAGGGUCUUUGCCCAUUUUAUCUUGGACAUCUGGGGCCCCGAGAGGCCCACCCGGGGCUGGAAGCGGGGGCCCCUCUCUCCCAGGCUGGGACCUGCGCCUUGGGCUGAGGACGCGUCCACUGAAAUUCCAGCUCACGCUCCCUCGCGUGACGGUGACCCCGGCAAGGACAACACUGUGCCCGCGGGGCUCCGGGGGGCAGGACGUGUGCCUGAUGAGCCGCGUCUCCCGGGGCCUACAGCAGCGGCUGGUACACGGUCUGGGCUCCUCAAGUGCGCCUGAAAGACGAAUAAGGAACGACACCAGCGCCUGGUCUGAGGUCCUGGGCGCCUGGCGCACACAGGGCCUCCCCGAGCGCUCACCGCUAGCCGAGCGGGGAAGGGGAUCACUCGCCCCCACUUCACAGACCAGGAAACCGAGACUCAGACACGGGAGGCCGUUUGCCCGAAGGCGCACGGCCGGGCAAUCCCUGGGUGAGUGUCUCUCUGCCCUUCUCCAACUCUGGCGGGUUCCGCCUUGUUUCUUCUGUCCCUGGGAAUGCCCUGGUGUCUCUCCCUGGCCCUCUGGCUCGGACUCUCUCUCCCUCCCGGGUGGCCCUGUCUGCUUCUCUUCCUCAACGCCAGGUCUCCUUCCUCCUCCCAGAAUGGCUGCCGCUCUCCCAGCCAGGUUCGGGUCAGGGGAGGCAGAGGGGGGCCGUCCUGGGACCCAGCCGCGCCCUGACCCAGGAGCAGCGACGUGGGAUCCUCCACUCAGGCCCACAGCCCAAGAUUCCGUAGUCCCAGAUUCCAGAAGAAGAAUCCAGGAUGGGAAGGGUGGGGUCAGAGGGAGAAUGCUGAAAGAAGGUUCUGGAAGGUUCGGGCUGUCCCCCUCGGCCGCCUCGCUCUCCACGUGCUCUUGGGGCCCAAGGACUCAUCCUUCCCCAGAUGUCUUCUUUGGGGCUGGAUGUGUCUUCACACGCUGCCCACCUGCAAGUCCAAACUCGACUGUGACUUCGCUGUGGGCCCAAGUGUCAGCAGUCGAUCUGUUAUCAGUUGAUGGCGGGCUCCUUUCUCAGAAGCCAGGCGCGCGCGCACGUGCCGGAGCCCCAUUCUCUGGUGUGGAUCAUCUCUGCAUCGGGUCUGGAAUAAUACUUUCAGGAGCACUGUUUCCAUUCCCAGUGAGUCGUGACCGUGCCUGUGUCUCAGUCCUCGUGCUUUUUCCUGAGCGAUGCCUCGCAUUCCGAAGACGCGCAGGUUGUAACAGAAUGAGGGUGGGAUUCGAGUAA